AUGGCAGCAGUAGACCCUAUAAUGGCAGCAGUAGACCGUACAAUGUCAGCAAUAGACCCUACAAUGGCAGCAGUAGACCCUACAAUGGUGGCAGUAUACCCUAUAAUGGCAGCAGUAGACCCAAUAGUGGCAGCAGUACCCCCUAAAAUGGCAGCAGUAGACCCUAUAAUGGCAGCAGUAGACCCUAUAAUGACAACGGUAGACACUAUAAUGGGAGCUGUAGACCCUACAAUGGCAGCAGUAGACCCUACAAUGGCAGCAGUAGACCCUACAAUGGCAGCAGUAGACCCUACAAUGGCAUCAAUAGACCCUAUUAUGUCAGCAGUAAACCCUAUAAUGGCAACAGUAGACCCAAUAAUGGCAGCAGUAGACACUACAAUGGCAGUAGUUGACCCUACAAUGGCAGCAGUAGACCCUAUAAUGGCAACAGUAGACCCUAAAAUGGCAGCAGUAGACACUAUAAUGGCAGCAGUAGACAUUACAAUGGCAGCAGUAGACCCUAAAAUGGCAGCAGUAGACGCUACAAUGUCAGCAGUAGACCCUAAAAUGGCAGCAGUAGCCCCUAAAAUGGCAGCAGUAGACACUAUAAUGGCAGCCGUAGACACUACAAUGGCAGCAGUAGACCCUAAAAUGGCAGCAGUAGACCAUACAAUGGCAGCAAUAGACCCUACAAUGUCAGCAGUAGACCCUACAAUAGCAGCAGUAGACCCUACAAUGUCAGCAGUAGACCCUACAAUGGCAGCAGUAGACCCUACAAUGGCAGAAGUAUACCCUGAAGUGGCAGCAGUAGACCCUCUAAUGGCAGCAGUAGACCCAAUAAUGGCAGCACUAGACCCUACAAUGGCAGCAGUAGACCCUAUAAUGGCAGCAGUAUACCCUACAAUGGCAGCAAUAGACCCUACAAUGUCAGCAGUAGACCCUACAAUGGUAGCAGUAUACCCUAUAAUGGCAGCAGUAGACCCAUUAGUGGCAGCAGUACCCCCUAAAAUGUCAGCAGUAGACCCUAUAAUGGCAACAGUAGACCCUAUAAUGGCAACGGUAAACCCUAUAAUGGCAGCUGUAGACCCCACAAUGGCAGCAGUAGACCCUACAAUGGCAGCAGUAGACCCUACAAUGGCAUCAACAUACCCUAGUAUGUCAGCAGUAAACCCUAUAAUGGCAACAGUAGACCCAAUUAUGGCAGCAGUAGACCCUACAAUGGCAGUAGUUGACCUUACAAUGGCAGCAGUAUACCCUAUAAUGGCAGCAGUAGACCCUACAAUGUCAACAGGAGAUGCUACAAUGGCAGCAGUAUACCCUACAAUGGCAGCAGUAGACCCUACAAUGGCAGCUGUAGACACUACAAUGGCAGAAAUAGACCCUACAAUGGCAGCAGUAGACCCUACAAUGUUAGCAGUAGACCCUAUAAUGGCAGCAGUAGACCCUACAAUGGCAGCAGUAGACCCUAUAAUGGCAGCACUAGACCCUACAAUGGCAGCAGUAUACCAUAUAAUGGCAGCAGUAGACCCUAUAAUGGCAGCAGUAGACCCUAUAAUGUCAGCAGUAGACCCUAUAAUGGGAGCAGUAGACCCUAUAAUGGCAGCGGUAGACCCUACAAUGGUAGCAGUAGACACUACAAUGGCAGCAGUAUACCCUAUAAUGGCAGCAGUAGACCCUACAAUGUCAGCAAUAGACCCUACAAUGGGAGCAGUAGACCCUAUAAUGGCAGCAGUAGACCAUAUAAUGGCAGCGGUAGACCCUACAAUGGUAGCAGUAUACCAUAUAAUUGCAGCAGUAGACCCUACAAUAGCCGCAGUAGACCCUAUAAUGGCAGCAGUAGACCCUAUAAUGGCAGCAGUAGACCCUACAAUGUCAGCAGUAGACCCUAUAAUGGGAGCAGUAGACCCUAAAAUGGCAGCGGUAGACCCUACAAUGGUAGCAGUAGACACUACAAUGGCAGCAGUAUACCCUAUAAUGGCAGCAGCAGACCCUAUAAUGGCAGCAGUAGACCCUACAAUGUCAGCGGUAGACCCUACAAUGGGAGCAGUAGACCCUAUAAUGGCAGCAGUAGACCAUAUAAUGGCAGCAGUAGACCCUAUAAUGGUAGCAGUAGACACUACAAUGGCAACAGUAGACCCUAUAUUGGGAGCAGUAGACCCUACAAUGGGAGCAUUAGACCCUACAAUGGCUGCGGUAGACCCUACAAUGGUAGCAAUAUACCAUAUAAUUGCAGCAGUAGACCCUACAAUGGUAGCAGUACACCCUAUAAUGGCAGCAGUAGACCCUACAAUCGUAGCAGUAUACCCUAUAAUGGCAGCAGUAGACCCUACAAUGGCAGCAAUAGACCCUACAAUGGGAGCAGUAGACCCUAUAAUGGCAGCAGUAGACCCUAUAAUGGCAGCAGUAGACCCAACAAUGGCAGCAAUAGACCCUACAAUGGCAGCAGUAGACCCUACAAUGGUAGCAGUACGCCCUAUAAUGGCAGCAGUAGACCCUACAAUCGGAGCAGUAUACCCUAUAAUGGCAGCAGUAGACCCAUUAGUGGCAGCAGUACCCCCUAAAAUGUCAGCAGUAGACCCUAUAAUGGCAACAGUAGACCCUAUAAUGGCAGCAGUAGACCCUAUAAUGGCAGCAACAGACCCUAUUAUGUCAGCAGUAGACCCUACAAUUUCAGCAGUAGACCGUACAAUGUCAGCAGUAGACCCUACAAUGGCAGCAAUAGACCAUACAAUGGCAGCAGUAGACCCUACAAUGGCAGCAAUAGACCAUACAAUGGCAGCAGUAGACCCUACAAUGGCAGCAAUAGACCCUAUUAUGUCAGCAGUAAACCCUACAAUGUCAGCAGUAGACCCUUCAAUGGCAGCAGUAGACCCAAUAAUGGCAGCAGUAGACCCUAUAAUGGCAACGGUAGACCCUAUAAGGGCAGCAGUAGACCCUACAAUGGCAGCAAUAGACCAUACAAUGGCAGCAGUAGACCCUACAAUGGCAGCAGUAGGCCCUACAAUGGCAGCAGUAGACCCUAUAAUGGCAGCAAUAGACCCAGUAAUGGCAGCAGUAGACCCUACAAUGGUAGCAAUAGACCCUAUAAUGGCAGAAGUAUACCCUAUAAUGGCAGCAAUAGACCCUAAAAUGGCAGCAGUAGAUCGUAUAAUGGCAGCAGUAGACCCUACAAUGGCAGCAAUAGACCCUAUUAUGGCAGCAGUAAACCCUACAAUGUCAGCAGUAGACCCUUCAAUGGCAGCAGUAGACCCAAUCAUGGCAGCAGUAGACCCUAUAAUGGCAACGGUAGACCCUAUAAUGGCAGCAAUAGACCCUACAAUGGCAGCAAUAGACCCUACAAUGGUAGCAGUAGACCCUAUAAUGUCAGCAGUAGACCCUAUAAUGGCAGCAAUAGACCCAGUAAUGGCAGCCGUAGACCCUACAAUGGUAGCAAUAGACCCUAUAAUGGCAGAAGAAUACCCUAUAAUGGCAGCAAUAGACCCUACAAUGGCAGCAGUAGACCCUAUAGUUGCAGCAGUAGACCCUAUAAUGGCAGCAGUAGACCCAACAAUGGCAGCAAUAUACCCUACAAUGGCAGCGUUAGCCCGUACAAUGUCAGCAGUAGACCCUACAAUGGCAGCAAUACACCCUAUAAUGGCAGCAAUAGACCAUACAAUGGCAGCAGUAGACCCUACAAUGGCAGCAGUAGAACCUACAAUGGCAGCAGUAGACCCUAUAAUGGCAGCAGUAGUCCCUAUAAUGGCAACGGUAGACCCUAUAAUGGCAGCAGUAGACCCUACAAUGCCAGCAGUAGACCCUACAAUGGUAGCAGUAGACCCUAUAAUGGCAGCAGUAGACCCAACAAUGGCAGCAAUAUCCCCUACAAUGGCAGCGUUAGACCGUACAAUGUCAGCAGUAGACCCUACAAUGGCAGCAAUAGACCCAAUAAUGGCAGCAGUAGACCCAACAAUGGCAGCAAUAUACCCUACAAUGGCAGCGUUAGACCGUACAAUGUCAGCAGUAGACCCUACAAUGGCAGCAAUAGACCCAAAAAUGGCAGCAGUAGACCCAACAAUGGCAGCAGUAGACCCUACAAUGGCAGCAGCAGACCCUACAAUGGCAGCAGGAGACCCUACAAUGGCAGCAAUAGACCCAAAAAUGGCAGCAGUAGACCCAACAAUGGCAGCAAUAGACCCUAUAAUGGCAACGGUAGACCCUACAAUGGCAGCAAUAGACCCUACAAUGGCAGCAGUAGACCCUAUAAUGGCAGCAAUAGACCAUACAAUGGCAGCAAUAGACCCUACAAUGGCAGCGUUAGACCGUACAAUGUCAGCAGGAGACCCUACAAUGGCAGCAAUAGACCCUAUAAAGGCAGCAAUAGACCAUACAAUGGCAGCAAUAGACCCUACAAUGGUAGCAGUAGACCCUAUAAUGUCAGCACUAGACCCUAUAAUGGCAGCAAUAGACCCAGUAAUGGCAGCAGUAGACCCUACCAUGGCAGCAGUAGACCCUAUAAUGGCAGAAGUAGACCCUAUAAUGGCAGCAAUAGACCCAAUAAUGGCAGCAGUAGACCCUAUAAUGGCAGCAGUAGACCCAACAAUGGCAGCAGUAGACCCUAUAAUGGCAACGGUAGACCCUAUAAUGGCAGAAAUAGACCCUACAAUGGCAGAAGUAUACCCUGAAGUGGCAGCAGUAGACCCUCUAAUGGCAGCAGUAGACCCAAAAAUGGCAGCAGUAGACCCUAUUAUGUCAGCAGUAGACCCUACAAUGUCAGCAGUAGACCCUACAAUGUCAGCAGUAGACCGUACAAUGUCAGCAGUAGACCCUACAAUGGCAGCAAUAGGGAGACCAUACAAUUGGAGCAGUAGACCCUACAAUGGCAGCAAUAGGGAGACCAUACAAUUGGAGCAGUAG